GGAAACACUAAAAGAAACAAAAAAGCUAUUAGAAAUUAUUGUUAUAACUCCUAUGUCAACUUUUCUUCGUAAUACUAUGACCCAGGAUCGCCUUACAGCGUUGUCAAUGCUGUCCAUUGAAAAGGAAUUUAUUUCGACCAUGGAAAAUUUCAACGGGAAGGUGAUCGACAAAUUUGCUGCCAAGAAGGAGUGCAGGAUCGAACUGUCAUAUAAAAAAUAGGUAAGUUCGGAUUUGCAGAACACCUGUUUUAUUUUGCCACGAGCCGCCACUGUUCUGAAAAGUAAUGCAAUAUCGAUAUUUGUCAUCAUGAAAUUGUCUAGCUAAAGUAGUAGCUGCGUGCAAUGUAAAAUGAACAUUAUAAUAUCGAGCUUAUAAAGUCAUUAAUAAUAUUGUA